AUCCUAGCCACUACCACUAGCUACAACUGUGCAGCCAGGGUGGGAGUGCACAGAGAGAGAGAGAGAGAGCUUCUGGAUCGACGACGACACUACCGCCGCCGCCGCCAUCAUGAGCUCCUGUGAGUAGUCGUAGAGGAAGCUGUACCCUACUCUUCUGCUAGAGCGAGGGCAGCGUGACGUGCCAUGGUAUCACAUGCUACGUUCCGGUCCCUCCGUUUUCGCUGCGCAUUGCAGAGAUCGAAGCCGGGCACCCUGGAUGCCCCUUGGUGGUGGCAGCGAGCUAGCGAUUAUCGCUGAAAUCAGAAUGCAUUCUCUGUCCCCUUUCCCGCUCUAGUCCGCUUCUUGUCGCUCGUGCGACCCUUCAUGUCCGUCCUCCCCGAGGUAUCGGCACCAGAGAGAAAAGUCCCCUUCCAGUCCCGCGUAGCAUGGACCGCCAUCGUCCUGGCCAUCUUCCUCGUCUCCUCGCAGAUCCCGCUGUACGGCAUCAUGUCCUCCGACUCGUCUGACCCGCUCUACUGGAUGCGCGUCAUCCUCGCCUCGAACAGAGGCACCCUCAUGGAACUCGGCAUCACACCCAUCGUCACCAGUGGCAUGAUCAUGCAGCUCCUCGCCGGCGCGAACCUUGUCGAAGUGGACUUUAGCCUCAAAGAGGACCGUGCGCUGUUCGGCGGCGCCCAAAAGCUCUUCGCCGUGAUCAUCUCCCUCGGCCAGGCGACCGUGUACGUUCUAACCGGCCUCUACGGCCAGCCAAAGGACCUUGGCGCCGGCGUAUGUCUGCUGCUGAUCCUGCAGCUCGUUGUUGCUGGCUUGAUCGUCAUCCUGCUCGACGAGCUGCUGCAGAAGGGAUACGGCCUCGGCUCGGGUAUCUCGCUGUUCAUCGCGACCAAUAUCUGCGAGUCGAUCGUCUGGAAGGCCUUCUCUCCAACGACAGUCAACACCGGCCGCGGGCCGGAGUUCGAGGGCGCGCUCGUCGCGCUCUUCCACCUGCUCUUCACUUGGAACGACAAGAGCCGCGCGCUCAAGGAGGCAUUCUACCGCGACCGCCUGCCUAACGUGAUGAACCUGCUUGCGACACUGUUCAUCUUCCUCGUCGUCAUCUACCUCCAGGGCUUCCGCAUCGAGAUCCCCGUCAAAUCGCAGCGCUUCCGUGGCCAACGCGGCGUGUACCCUGUCAAGCUGUUCUACACAUCCAAUAUGCCGAUCAUGCUCGAGAGCGCGCUGACGUCCAACGUGUUCAUCAUCAGCCAGAUGCUCGCGAACCGCUUCCCGGACAACCUGUUUGUCAAGCUGCUGGGCGUCUGGGAGCCGAUGGAGGACUCGCUGCAGCUGCACGCGGUCAACGGCUUGGCGUACUACAUGUCUGCGCCGCACACGUUCAAGGAGGUAGUCGGCGACCCAGUCCACACGGCCGUGUACAUCGCCUUCACGCUCACCGCCUGCGCCCUCUUCAGCAAGACCUGGAUCGAGGUCUCCGGUAGCGGUCCGCGCGAGGUUGCCAAGCAGCUCAAGGACAACCAGAUGGUCAUGGCCGGCCACAGGGAGGCGUCCAUGUACAAAGAGCUCAAGCGCGUGAUCCCCACCGCGGCCGCUUUCGGAGGCGCGACCAUUGGCGCGCUCUCCGUCCUUGCCGACCUCAUUGGUGCCUUUGGCUCCGGUACCGGCAUCCUUCUCGCCGUCACGAUCAUCUACAGCUACUUUGAAAUGGGCAUGCGAGAGGCCGGUGGCGCCGAGAUGGCCGCGCUCGGCGACUUGAUGGGCACAUAAUCAAAAUGUGUGCUCGCCUCCGACAGGCUUCGCACGGUCUUGCAUCUCGCUUCAAGCAGAGAAGAAAGCGCAGGUGCAUGGCAGAUGUGGAGGACAUUGCAGCAGGAAAGAGUCUGGCGCGUCUCUGUUGCGCCCUGCCGCUAGGGAGAAAGGUUGCAGGCAGCCUACACGGCAGAGCAAUGUAGAGGCAAGAAGGGCAGAUGCGAAGCAGCAAAAGAGGCUGCCGUCAGGCGUGCUUCUCCCUUGCCCAGAUGCAACCGUCAGGUCGGGGUGUGUGUUUGCGCACUGACACAGGAGCUCGACGGUACAGAAAAAACAGGAAGCACACCAUAUGAAAAACAAUUCCGCGGCGCGAGGCUUCCGCGGUGCGGCGCAGUUGUAAUUAUAGAUAAAUCGGUAAAUUGCAACCCCCUGCAGAUGCUUCUUCCUUUCCUCC